CCGUCACUUCCUCGUAGUGUAGGAUGCAAACGAAGAGUCUGCUUUCUGCUUUCCUAUUGGCUGUUUGAUCCGGCUCCGCUCUUAGCCAAUCAAACUACUUCCCAUCACCCCUCCGGUAGCUCUUAUAAAUUACAUCAAAUUGGUUAUCCUUUUCACAUCCUUCUCCUUGAAAAAGAAGCUGUAACUGCAUUUUUAGCCGUAAUGUCAGGACGCGGAAAGCAGGGAGGCAAAGCUCGCGCCAAGGCCAAGUCUCGAUCGUCCCGCGCUGGCCUUCAGUUCCCGGUGGGGCGAGUGCACCGCUUGCUGCGCAAAGGCAACUACGCCGAGCGGGUGGGGGCCGGCGCGCCGGUGUACCUGGCGGCAGUGCUGGAGUACCUGACUGCGGAGAUCCUGGAGCUGGCGGGUAACGCGGCCCGAGAUAAUAAGAAGACGCGCAUCAUCCCUCGUCAUUUGCAACUAGCUGUGAGAAAUGACGAAGAGCUCAACAAGUUACUCGGGGGUGUCACCAUUGCCCAGGGCGGCGUCUUGCCCAAUAUCCAGGCUGUCUUGUUGCCUAAGAAAACGGAAAGCCACAAGCCUGGCAAGAACAAGUAAUUAGGAGGCUUGACACCAUCCCCACUCUCCCCAAAGGCUCUUUUAAGAGCCA